UGCCUUAUCGGGGGGCUGGGCCCGGCCUUGCCCACACCCAGGCCUGGGACGCUGAGCUCACUCGUCUGAUGGCCAUGGAGACGCUGCAGGUCCUUCUCGCCCUGGGUGCCCUGCUCCUGUUGCCCGUGGACGCCCAGGAGGCCUCUGGGCAGCAUCUGAAGCCCUGGCUGGUGGGCCUGGCCGCCGUCGUGGGUUUCUUAUUCAUUGUCUUCGUUCUCAUGCUGGCUAACCGCAUCUGGUGCUCCAAAGAGAGAGACAUGGACAAGGAGGCCGUGUUGCAAAUGGAUACUCACCUGUACCAGGAUGUGGACCUGAGUAAUGAAGAUGAGAGGAAAAAGGAAAAAGAGAAAAAAAGAGAGAAAAAGACAAAGAAGGAAGGAAGGAACAACUUGGGGCUAGAGCUGGACGACGGAGAAAGAAAGAACACGGCCAUGUGAAACCUCCCUGCCGCCUCCUCCAGGCAGCCCCCCAGGGAUGUCCCUACAGCCCUUCCAUGCCCUAGGACCUGGACCAGAGGCCAGCAAAGUGAUUCCACUGCGUCCCCAGAGGAAGAUGGCUCAGGAAUGGCCCCGCGUCCCUCACGGAGGGAUCUUUGGGCAUUCCAUGGCGUCUUUACCCACCACCUUCCGGAACUUGUUCUCACCUUGGUCCCCUUGAUGAUUCUUGCCCUUGAAGAGUGCCCCUGCACAAGGAACCCCCCCCAAUCUCAUGGCUCCUCCCACUUUCCCGGCCACCUGAUUUCUUUUCCCCGCUGCUUGAUUUCUUUCCCCCGCCACCUGAUUUCUUUUCCCUCCGCCUGAUAUCUAUCGGCCUUUGGUUUCCCCCAAGGCGCUAGAAACUCCUCCCUCCCAGGCAGCCUCAGGACCAACAUCCGCUCGGUGCUGCCUCUGAAUUAAAGAAUAGGUAAGAGCCCUUCUGGGGGCUCCUGGGACUGAUCUCCCCCCUGGGGGAGGCUGCCUUUGGGGUGCAGGAGCACUGCUUGGGCAGGUGGGCAAAUCACACCCCAAGGUGCCCGGGUGCCCCAAGCAGACUGACCCCUCUCCCUGCAAUCUUGUUUUUGCUGCCCCAAGUCCAACGCCCCUGGACUUUGAGCCCCAAGCUCCGUCUCCUAGGAAAUCCUUGCCCCCUCCCCCUGUGUUUUGGGGCACGUGACUCUAUAUCUGGAAACAGAAGUGCCCUAGAGCCCUGUGAUAUCUGGGGAGGGGCCCGGCACUUGCCUCCCCUCUUCUCCUCACUUUUGCUGGACCCUGAACCUUGCCCUCGCCAUCAGCUUAGAUAAAGGCUGGAAUUGGGGGCUCCGUUCUGGGACCGGAAGCUGCACCCCCCCAAGACAGAGCGCCUCCGUCCCAACAUUUCCAGGAUCGCCCGCCAGGGGGCGGAAAACCAUAAAAUUAAUAAAUUACCGUAAUGGUCCCAAUA